UCAAGCCACUCCUGUGUCCCUUGGAGACAGGAUGGAUGAUCAGAAACCAACUGGUGAGGACAAAGACUCCGAUACACCAGCCGCAGGUGGGAUUGUGGUGUCUGAGGAGCAGGGCAGUGUGGAAGCUGAGCCCGUGAAACCACCAGAAGAGGGGAGCCCUGUGAAGGAGACCUUGGACAAAGCGGAAGCGAAAGAGGAGCCGCCCCAGACCUGCAGCUCCCCACCCAAACGCUGUGCAUUUUGCAACUGUAGCAAGUGGAGCCUUCAUGGGCAGCGAGAGCUGUUGCGUUUUGAUCCCGCACCCGAGUGGGCAGAAGAUCUUCCUGAUCCACAGGAGGGGAAGCAACCUGGCUCAACGGAAGCUGGAAGCGAUGACCUGACCCUGAUUGGCUUUGCUGAUGAGGUGUCACCACGAGAGGUGUUUGAGCCAACAGGGCAUUUUUGGGCUCAUCACUGGUGUGUAGUUUGGUCAGCUGGAGUCCUGCGUCCAGAAGGGUCAUGGUUGAGCCAUGUGAACAAAGCUGUCAUCUCAGGGAUUGCACAGAAAUGUGAACACUGUAACAGACGGGGUGCUACCAUUCCAUGCCACGCGGAGGGGUGCCAGCGCCAUUAUCACUUCCCCUGUGCAGCAGCUAGUGGCUGCUUCCAGUCAAUGAAGAGCUUGAAGCUCCUGUGUCCAGAGCACCUAAGCCAGGCUGUACAGAUGGAGGACUCACGCUGCAUGGUAUGUGAUGCCCCAGGGGAGCUGCGUGAUUUACUUUUUUGCACCAGCUGCGGUCUGCACUAUCACGGUGCCUGUCUGGAAAUCACAGUAACACCACGCAAGCGGUCUGGCUGGCAGUGUCACGAAUGCAAAGUUUGCCAAACCUGCAGGUUGUCUGGAGAGGACAGCAGGAUGUUGGUGUGUGAAGCUUGUGAAAAAUGCUAUCACACCUACUGCUUGAACCCAGCCAUUGAGAAUGUUCCCACAGACUCCUGGAAGUGCAAAAGCUGCCGCGUAUGUUCCGACUGCGGCCUCCGCCCGUCUGCACUGGAUCCGAGCUGCCAGUGGUACGAGAACUAUUCUUUGUGUGAAGGGUGCCGAGAACAGCGCUGCAAGAACACAAACGACACGGAGGCCCCUGAGCAGCGCAGCCAGGAACAUGUUCUCACAACAGACACGCCAGCAUCUCCCCAGCCAGUAGAAGAAGCUUGUGUAGCCAAUGAAGGGCAGCCGGAAAGCCGAAGCAGCCCCAACCGUUGUCACCAAGAGGAGGAGCAGGUGCCUCUGGAGUGUGGCGAGAAGCCCGCUGAAGGAGACAAGCCUCUAGAAGUGUUGGAAGAGGAUCCAGAGGUCCCUGCAGGGCAGGAGCAAAUGGAAGUAGAGACACCAUUAGAGCUAGAAAAGGCCCCCUCUCCCCCGCCCCCGCCCCCUGUACCACCCGAUCCGGCAUCCCCUGCCGACCCUGAGGCGUUAUCCCCUGGUGCCAAAGAGCAUCCCACCUUUGAGUUGCUGCCCACAGAACCAGAACCCCCAGAGAGCCGUCCUGAGCCAGCCCCCUUGGCUAAGGAAGCUGAGGAGGAGUCGCCGUCCUCUCCUGGGAGCCCUCAGCCCGUCUCGUCCAGGGUGGCUUCUCCCGAAAUGGCCGAGGUGGAAGGAGAGGCCAGUGAAGAGCCCAUGGAGGUGGAGGUGCCCAUCCCGAAGAGCCCCCUUGGCAGCAGCCGAGAAGCCCAGCCCAUCCAAGAGGAGGAGGAGGAGGAGGAGGAAGAGGACGCCGGAGCACCUAAGAUGGAGCUUGAGGAGCGAUUCUCUCCCCAGCUGAGUGAGGAAGAGCCACCAGAUGAAAGGGCGGCCUCGGUGGGCCCAGAAGCUCAUGAGGGUCACCUCAGCUUUGCGAGUGAAACCAAGCGCUCUCCCUCACCUGUGGAGGCGGAAUUGCUGGGCGGCUCCUCCACCCCAAUGGAGGCCUAUGGAAGUGCCAACCCCACGGAGGGAGGGGCAAGUGGAGAGGAGGAACCCGGCCCAGCGCCACCCCCUUUGAGGUCCCACCAGUUAGUGAAGUCAGACAUUGUUAAUGAGAUCUCAAACCUGAGCCAGGGCGAUGCGAGCGCCAGCAGCUUCCCGGGCUCAGAGCUCCCGUUUGCCUCCCCGUACCACGAAGGCGGGGGCUCUCUUUCCCUGGAGAUGGCUGGUCUGACCUCCACGGAUGUCAGCCUGCAGAGGGAAGAUGGGGCCUCUUUGCCCAUGGGCGAGAUGGACGACUCCUUGCCCUUUGACAUCAAAGGCGAGUGCGAGAAGGCACGGCGGCGUGGCUCCCCAGCCCGCUCCCGGGUCAAACAGGGUCGCAGCAGCAGUUUUCCUGGGAGGAGACGGCCUCGGGGUGGGUCCCACACCGGCCGAGGGCGGGGCCGAGCGCGAUUGAAAUCCACCACCUCUUCCAUCGAGACCUUGGCGCUGGCUGAUAUCGACAGCUCCCCAAGCAAGGAGGACGACGACGACGACGAUGACACCAUGCAAAACACCGUAGUGCUGUUCUCCAACACUGACAAAUUUGUGCUGAUGCAGGACAUGUGCGUAGUGUGCGGUAGCUUUGGCCGAGGUGCUGAAGGCCAUCUCCUGGCGUGUUCCCAGUGUUCUCAGUGUUAUCAUCCAUACUGUGUCAAUAGCAAGAUUACCAAGGUGAUGCUGCUAAAGGGCUGGCGCUGCGUGGAGUGCAUUGUGUGUGAAGUUUGUGGCAAAGCGUCUGACCCUUCCCGGCUGCUGCUCUGCGAUGACUGUGACAUCAGCUACCACACGUACUGCCUGGACCCCCCUCUCAACACGGUGCCCAAGGGUGGCUGGAAGUGCAAAUGGUGUGUGUGCUGUGUACAGUGUGGGGCCGUUUCUCCUGGCUUCCACUGCGAGUGGCAGAACAAUUACACCCACUGUGCGCCCUGUGCCAGCCUGGUCACUUGCCCCAUCUGCCAGGUGAAGUACGUAGAGGAUGACCUGCUAAUCCAGUGCCAGCAGUGUGAACGGUGGAUGCAUGCUGUGUGUGACAAUCUUUUCACUGAAGAGGAAGUGGAGCAAGCGGCCGAUGAGGGGUUUGACUGCACCUCCUGUCAGCCCUAUGUGAUCAAGCCUGUGGUUCCAGCUCCACCUCCAGAAAUUAUCCAAGUGAAGGUCAAGGAGCCAGAGCCGCAGUAUUUUCGCUUUGAAGGAGUCUGGCUCACAGAGACCGGGAUGGCGGUGCUGCGCAACCUGUCCUUGUCGCCACUACACAAGCGCCGGCCACGCAAGACCACACCAACCAUGCCUCGGGCGGGUACCCUCAAUGGCGAAGGUGGGCUGGAUGUCAUGGAUCCCCUGGGCCCGGAUGAAAAGAAGGAGGGUGAUGUGGAGGCAGAUGAGAUCCUAAAAGCUGAAGUUAAUCAUGUUGAACACAUGGAGUGUGAGAUCAAGUUGGAAGCCCCUGCUACCCCAGAGAGGGAGGCUGCAGCUGAAGCUGAGUUGGGAAAGGGUCUCCUGGAGGACUCGGAAGAGGUCAAGAAGCGGAAACGGAAGCCCUACCGCCCAGGGAUUGGAGGGUUCAUGGUGCGACAGCGGAAGUCACAUACCCGCUUGAAAAAGGGUCCCGUAGUCUUGGCAGAAGCCUCUCGUGAAGGGACAGGCACUGAGGGGCAAGCGGAGGAAGGGUCUCAACCCACGCAACCUGCCGAAACCCCCGCAGAGACUGUUGCUGAGCAAAGUGUGGUAGAGGGGGAUGAGAAGAAGAAGCGGAGGGGCAGGAAGAAGAGCAAGCUGGAGGACAUGUUCCCUGCCUACCUUCAGGAAGCCUUUUUUGGAAAGGCCCUGCUCGACCUGAGCAGGAAGGCUCUGCUGGCUGCUGGUGGGGUGGGUGGGGACGGAACAGCCCACCCUCCCGUCGGCCAGGGUGCCCCCAGGCCCAAGGUGGACACCGGCCUGCUGCCCAAGGGGCCUGCGGACGGGAAGGAGGCUCCCGCUCAGCCUAAAGGGGAUGAGUGUGUUGAUGGCAGGGAAGUAGCGGUUCCAGAGAGCAACUUGAAAGCCCCGGAUGCCAAGACCGAAAAUAGCGGCACAGAGGAACAGAUGGUGCCCAAGACCUCGCCAGACCCCACAGGUGCCGAGAACCCAGCCACACCCCCGGGGGAGGGGGUGCUCAGCUCCGACCUUGACAAAAUCCCCACUGAAGAGCUGCCCAAAAUGGAAAGCAAGGAUGUCCAGCAGCUCUUCAAAGAUGUCCUGGGGUCGGCUGAGCGAGAGCAGCAGCUCAAUUGUGUGGGAACUGAAGCCGAGGCGGGGGGCAUUCGCGAUCCGAACCGUACACCACUUGCCCAAAGGCCGUUCCUGCAAGGUGGGGGUGUCUCCCUUGGGCCCCUGCAGCCUGCUGUGCCCAUGGAGACCUACUCCGGAGUUUGCCAGUCCCCAUUUCUUGACAGCAGGGAGAGGAGCGGCUUCUUCAGCCCUGAGCAGUGUGAACCCGAGAGCCCCUGGGCCAGCAGCUCUGCAGCAUCCACACCCACCACGCCCACUACGGAGGGGGAAAGCGAUGGGCUCUCGUACAACCAGAGGAGCCUGCAGCGCUGGGAGAAAGAUGAGGAGCUGGGAGAGCUCUCCACCAUCUCUCCGGUGCUCUAUGCCAACAUGAACUUCCCCAGUCUCAAGCAGGACUACCCAGACUGGUCAAGCCGCUGCAAGCAAAUCAUGAAGCUCUGGAGAAAGGUGCCAGCCCCUGACAAAGCCCCUUACUUGCAAAAGGCCAAAGAUAACCGGGCAGCCCAUCGCAUCAACAAGGUGCAAAAGCAAGCUGAGAACCAGAUCAACAAGCAGACCAAAGUCGAGGUGCUGCGGAGACCAGACCGCCCGGCCUUGCACCUGCGCAUCCCUCCCCAGCAGGGGGCGCUGCCUUGUGCCACCCAGCCACAGCCGCCACCACCACCACCUCCUCCUCCUCCACCUCCACCCCCUGCCACCUCUGUACCAGGGCAGCCCAUCUAUGUCAACAAUGCUGCAUCUCUGCCAGGCGGGUCAGGCAUCGAGUCGCCCAGCGAGGUCUUCCUCAAGCUACCCUCUUCUGCCACCAGUGCCCAGCCCCCAGCGCAAGUGCCUUUGCACGAGCCCUAUGGCAUGGCCUCUGCCUGCCCCCCACCAGAUCCAGGUUUCCCCUCUCCCUCCUUGGUGGGUCAGAGUCCUACCAUACCGGCCGGCUUUGCCUCUGCUUCCUCGUCCUCCUCCUCCUCCUCCUCCUCAUCCGGACAAUCCCCUCUCCUUUCCAACCCUCGUCCAGCCCCGCAGCCGGGGGAGUUCCAGCCCACCCCUCCUGGGACGCCAAGGCAUCAGCCCUCUACCCCGGACCCCUUCCUAAAGCCACGCUGCCCCAGUGGCUCCAUGGAAAACUUGUCUGUGCCUGGAAGUCCCCAGCGAACUGCCCUUUUGCUUUCACCUCCGCCCUUUGGGGAGCCGAAGAAGCUCUUGGACAUCAAGAAGGAAGAGGUCGGCCCUGGGAUCUGUUCGCCCAGCUACGGUGGCAGCUACACGGACUCCCCCUCUGGGGCUCACCAUCAUCCCAGCGAAAUGAAGGCUCCGGAUGUUUUCAAAGCCCCACUCACCCCCCGGCCGUCUCAGGUGGAGCCGCAGAGCCCAGGCUUGGGGCAUCGAGUCCCAGAGCCUCACCCUCUGGCACCUUCUCCCCCUAGCCAGGCUGAUCUCUACAGGCAGUCGCCCUAUGCAGACCCCUACGCCCAGCCCCCCUUGACACCUAGGCCUCAGCCCCCUGCCCCAGAGAGCUGCUGUGGCCUGCCUCCUCGCUCCUUGCCCUCGGAUCCCUUCUCUCGCAUACCGGCCAGCCCGCAGUCGCAGUCCAGCUCCCAGUCCCCGCUCACUCCUCGGCCUCUCUCCAACGAAGCCUUCUGUCAGUCCCCCGUCACCCCUCACUUCCAGUCCCCUGACCCCUACUCCCGGCCCCCGUCACAGCCCCAGUCGCGGGACCCCUUUGCCCCUCUGCACAAACCCCCUCGGCCCCAAAUGCCGGACACCAGUUUCAAGCCCAUGUCCAUUGCUCAUAACAGCCUUGCUGUGGGGAGUUUCCCCACGGGGGCUCCCUCAGCCGAUCCCCACCCCAAGGCCAACCAGCAGCCCCAGUUUGCUCGCUCCCCUGGGACCAGCGUCUUCCCAAACACUCAACCCCAGAUGCGUUUCACCUUCCCUCCGAAUGAGCCAAUCAAGAGCUCCCCUUCCCAUGGGGUCAACAGCCAUUUUGCACCUGGCAAGCCCCAAAGCACAAGCUACAUUUCUUCGCCUGGAUUUCACCCAGCUGGGAGCCCUCUGGGGCCCAGCAAGAAUGCCUCAGAGUCAUACACUGUCUCCCCAUUGCGCCCCCCUUCAGUCCUGCCCCAACAGCCACCUUCUCAGCAAGAUAGCCCGUUGUCCUACCUGCCACGGACAGGUGUGGUGCCAUCAGGAGAGAAGAGAGAAGAUGGAGUGGUAGGAGCCCCGCAUAGGGAGCUGCAAGAACUGCCGGCCAGCCAGGAAGCGGCUCUUGGCAGCAGCGCCAGCCAAACAGAGAUGGAGAAGCAGAGGCAGCGCCAGAGACUCCGAGAGCUGCUCAUCCGCCAGCAGAUCCAGAGGAACAACUUGCGGCAAGAGAAGGAGAGUGCCGCCGCCGCCGCCACCACCAGCGCCCAGGCCUCGUGGAACCCUGAAGGCAGCGGGCAGCCCUUUGAGCAGAUGACUCGGAGCAUGACUCCCUACCCGUCAGCACAGGACAACAAGGGCAUAGUGAGCAGCCUGGGUGGCGCCCCAGGGGGCAGCAAACUGCCCGGUGCAGUGAUGGUGCAGCCCACCUACAUUCAAGAUGAGCGACUGGCCCGGCCUCCACCUGUAGCCACCCCUUCGACUGUGGAUAUCAACAGACGGCCAUCCGUGGCAGCUGCACAGCCAUUCUAUCCUCGCGGUGUCUUCCAGGGCCAGUCCCCACAGCAGCAAAUGUGGCAACAGCAGCAGCAGCAGCAGCAGCAAGCAGCGUCCAUGCGUCUCCCUAUUCCUUCGCGCUUCCCCCACCCGUCCACCCAAGACCUGAGCCGGCAAGCCCUGGGUGGCCUUGCCCCACGCCUGCCAGCUCCGGGGGAACCGCUUCAGCCUCCAGCCAUCGCUCUGGGAGCCCAGUUCAUCGAACUGCGGCACAACAUCCAGAAGGGUGUGCUUGGGAGUGGAGCUGGGGUCCCUUUUGUCCAGCAGAAUCCUCAAGCUCGACCAAGAUUUUUCAUGCCCGGGAACGAUGGCCCCAACCAGGCUGCGAAGGCUUCUGUUCCUCCCCUGCAGGCUCCUGUCCUGGGAAACCAAGGCAUGCAAACCCAGAAGAUCUCUGUUUCCUCUUCCCCUCAGGGAGCAGACAGGAGCAACAGCCAUCACCCCCAGGCCAAGGCCUCCUUGCCACAGUUGAUUCUGCCCCCUGGCGGUUUGGAGAUGCAACAUAUCCCACCCCGACCGCUCUCCUCCUCUGGCCCAAAAGAUACAUCCAACCCCCCAUCUGCCAUCGACCCUCCUCAGGCGGCUAGUAAGAACCAGCUGGGCCUGGCUACUAGGCCAUUGCCUUGCGAGGUGCCCGUGGAGCCAGACCUUGAGGAUGACUUUGAUUCCCACAAGGAUCUGGAGGACGAUGAUGACUUGGCCAACUUGAGCCUGGAUCCAGAUGUUGCUAAGGGCGAUGAUGAUCUUGGUAACUUGGAUAACCUGGAGACCAAUGACCCGCACCUCGAUGACUUGCUAAAUGGUGAUGAGUUUGACCUGUUGGCAUACACAGACCCGGAACUGGACACUGGGGACAAGAAGGACAUCUUCAAUGAACAUCUGAGGUUGGUAGAAUCUGCCAACGAAAAGGCCGAACGUGAGGCUCUGCUCAAGAAAGAGCCCCCUGCUGGACCCUACCUCAAGGAUACUCCUACCAGCGGCGUUGGCAAGCCAGGGGAGCAGAAGGCACCGCCUCUGCCUAAAGAUGAUGGGUCCAAAGCUAAAGAAGGGCUUGGCCUCCUCCAUGUUCCCUGUUCAUCCUCUUCAGGUGUCUCUUCAUCAUCCCCCAUUCUUUCCACCUUCAAGGGCCAGAGUGAUGGGCUGGACAGCAAGGCAGCUAGUUUGCCAGCUGACAUCAAGCCUAAGAUAGAGGAAGGCUGCCUCAAGUCAACUCCAUGCCAGUUCAACAUCGGUCUCUCAGAAAAGCCUCCUGUCAAAUCCGAAGGCACCGAGAAAAUGGUGGCUGCCUUAGCAGUCAACAUCAAGCCCAGCCAGAACCUUGUGGGUCCUGGCGGGAUGCGGCUUGGCAUGACCCAGUUCCACAGUAAUAGCCACACCUCCCUCUCGGAUAAGGUCCUCUACGGCACCCCAGGCCGCCCUUCUCUCACUCCCGUCCAGAUGACUAGCACCAGUAACUCUGUCCUGGAGAAGUUUGAGCUGGAUGGAGGGCCCUUAAGCCUGGCUAAUGCCCAGCAACAUUCUCCAGCUGAUGACCUGGACAAGAUGGAGAGCUCCCUAGUAGCCAGUGAGCUGCCCCUCUUAAUUGAAGAUCUGCUGGAACAUGAGAAGAAAGAGCUGCAGAAGAAACAGCAGAUGUCUGCUCAGAUGCCUGGGGGCUCUCAGCACCUCCAGUCUCAAACCAUGUUGACUCAUGCUGCUCCUCCAUCUCAAACCCAUGAUGGACAGCUAGUGAAUCAGCAGCAGCAGCAGCAGCAGCAGCUUCAGUUGGGCAUGGUGGCUAGGCAGCAGGGUAUGGUGUCCAACCAGCACCUAAUGCAGCAGCAGCAGCAACAACAGCAACAACAGCGUCUGGCUGAUGGCCAGCAAAGCCAAGUGCUAGCCCCACACAUGGGAGUAACUCAGAGUCAGGCUCAUAUGCUUGCCAGCCAGCAUGGCAUCCCGACCACACACGGGCAACCAAACCAGCAGCAAAUCUUAGUCCAGAAACCUAUGCCUGGAGUUCAGCAGCCACAGCAGCAAAUGAUGGGACUUAAGCCUCAGCAAGUUGUGAUGCAGCAGCAACAGCAGCAGCAGCAGCAGCAGUUGGCUAACAGCUUCUUCCCUGAUACAGAUCUGGAUAAAUUUGCCACAGAGGACAUCAUGGAUCCCAUUGCUAAGGCUAAGAUGGUGGCGCUGAAGGGUAUCAAGAAGGUCAUGGCACAAGGCAGCAUCGGGGUGGCUCCUGGCAUGAACAGGCAACAGGUUUCCUUGCUGGCUCAGAGGUUGUCUGGAGCAGCCUCUUCAUCUGAAAUGCAGAACCAUAUCCUGCCCGGUCCUGGAGGACAGGAACGGAGCACUGACCCAGCACAGGCUCGUCCAAACCCACCCACUUUUGCUCAAGGUGUCAUCAAUGAAGCUGAUCAGCGUCAAUAUGAAGAGUGGCUCUUCCACACCCAGCAGCUCCUCCAGAUGCAGCUGAAGGUGCUGGAGGAGCAGAUUGGAGUGCAUCGCAAAUCCCGCAAGGCUCUGUGUGCUAAGCAGCGGACAGCUAAAAAGGCCGGCCGUGAAUUCCCGGAGGCUGAUGCAGAGAAACUAAAGCUGGUGACUGAGCAACAAAGCAAGAUCCAGAAGCAGCUGGAUCAGGUACGGAAACAGCAAAAGGAACAUACCAACCUCAUGGCCGAGUACCGCAACAAGCAGCAGCAGCACCAGCAGCAAACCUCCACGGUCCUGGCCCUGAGCCCCUCGCAAAGCCCCCGUCUCAUGGCCAAGCUCCCCGGGCAGCUCCUUUCUGCCCAUGGUCUUCAGCAGGGGCCGCAGGGCCUGCCAGGCCAGGCCGGGAGCUUGCGCCUCCCUCAGGCUGCCCCCAUGGCAGUGCAACAGGGCUUACCAUUCAUGGGGCAGCAACAGCAGCAGGCCCCGCAACUGCAGCCGCCGCCACCAUCUGGAGCAGCCACGCCCAACGCCUUCUUCUCCAGUAACCGUCUCUUGCAGGAGAGGCAGCUGCAGCAGCAAAGGCUGCAGCUGGCCCAGAAGCUGCAGCAACAGCAGCAGCAGCAGAACCUCAUGGGACAAGUGUCAAUGCAACAGCAGCAGCAGCACCACCCAAACCUCAUGGGACAAAUGACACUGCAACAGCAGAACCUCAUGGGACAGAUGUCAGGUCAGCAGCAGCACCUGCAGCAAAGCCUCGUGGGACAGGUGCCUGUGCAGCAGCAGCAGCAACAACAACAACAGCAGCAGCAACAGCAGCAGCAGCAGCAGCAGCAGCAGAACACUCUAGGCCAGGCCAGCUUGAUGAGCCAGCCUCCCCCUCCGCCACCCACACCCCAGCCCAGCCAGAACCUGCUUCCUAAGCAGCAGGGGCUGCUGAACAGUCAGCCAGGAGUCAUGGUCCAGCAGCUGUCUCCGCAGCAGCAGCAGCAGCAGCAGCAAGCCCUGCUGGGACAUGCCGUGCUGCAACAUCAGGGCAUGAUGGCUCACCCAGCUUCCCAGAGGCAAAUGCUGUUGGCCCCCCAGCAACACAGAGCCCUGGGUUCUCCCCAGCAGCAGGCACAUGGGAUGAUGGGACAUCGGAUUCUUUUGUCCCCACAGCAGCAGCAGCAGCAGCAACCAGGGUUGCUUGGCCAGCAGAGGACCAUGCUGAGCCACCAGCAGCAAAGUUCCAUAGCACAGCACCAGGCCCUCCUUGGCCAGGGGGCAGCCCCUCAGCAGGGAGGACCACUGGGCCCGGGGCCAGCCGCUCAACCGAGCGUCCUGGGCCAAGGGCAGGGACUGGCCAAUCCAGAACCCAUCCAGCACUUUGCACAGCACGGGUCUCUAAACCAGCCGCUGCACUUGAGUCAGGGAAUUCAGCCGGGCCCCUCGCAGCAGGGCUUGGCUGUCAAGGAACAGCAGGGAGGACCAGAAGGCACCGCCGGGCUGCCUCAAGAAGGAACAGACAGUGUCCUGCAGCAGCAGCAGCAGCAGCAACAACAGCAGCAGCUCCGGCCCCAUUUGGUGGGCCCAGAGUUGGGAGGGCAGGUGCAGAUGGGGAUGCAAGAGCAGCAGGGCAUGCCCAGCCGUGGAACCCCUUUGCAAGACCAGACAUCUCAGCCGAUGCUGCAGCCUCAUGGGGAGCAGCCAAAGCAGCCCAGUGAAAUAGGCCAUCAGGCCCAGCACCUUCUCCUGGGAUCUCAGCAGCAGAAUGCUUUGAACUCCCUGCAGCUACGGAUGCAGCAGCAACAGCAAAACAGCCACCUCCAGCAGCCCCAGCGGCCACACCUUCCUAUGGAUGGCGUCCUGCAGCCAGAGAUGUCGCAGCAGCAGCAGCAGCUGCUGCAUCACCACCACCACCCGAGAGAUGCCUCCCAGGCCUCCCACUUGCUCAACCAGCAGAUGGAACAGCAGGGUCAAAUGCAGAACAUCAUGAUGCAGCAGCAGAGGAUUAUGGGUCAGAACCUGGAGCAGCCUUCCAAAGGCUUGCCGGGACAGCAGCAGCAGCAGCAGCGCCUCCAGAGCCCAGUUGGGCCCCCCAGAACACCAGGGAUGAUGGUGCCAGUGCAGCAGCAGCAGCAGCAGCAGCAGCAAAACAUGAUGGUCCAGCAGUCCUCCCCGCAAGGCCAAAGCAUCCUGUCUAGCCCUGUGAUGGGCCAGAUCCGUGCCCAGCUUCAGGGCGUUAUUUCCAAAAACCCACAGUUGCGGAACCUCACCCCUCAACAGCAGCAGCAACUGCAGGCUCUGCUGAUGCAACGGCACCAGCAGAACCUCCUGCAACAACAGCAGCAGCAGCAGCAGAACCAAGCAAUGCGGCAAGUCGGCCCCUACCUGGGACAGGUGCAGGCACAGGCCCCUCUCGACCAAGGUCAGCCAGCUGCUCCAAUGCUUUCCCAGCCUGCCCCUGUGGGCCAGGAGCAGCAGCAGCAGCAGCAGCAGCAACAACAACAGCUGCCACCAAGGCAGUCUCCCCUUGCGGUGUUCCAAGUUCGUCCAGAACAGGGUUUUGCUACCUCUGUGGAACAGCAGAGGGUGCCACUGAGCCAGCAGGCAACAAUCAGUCCCCUUCAACAAGGGCCACAAAGGCUUCCGAUCCCUCAAGGUCCACCUGUGCCCGUGAGUGUUGCUGGUAUGGGGCCGGUGCACCAGCAGCAGCAACCGCCGCCACCACUUAGCCCUUCAGAACCAAAGAGACCAUCCCCUUUGCUUCUGGCCAGAAGCCCAGAGCAACAGCUGGCUCCCACCCAGAAACACCAGCCAGCUACCCCCAGUCCCUUGCUGCCCCCUGGCCCAAGCCUGGUUGCCUCGGGCACAGAGGAUGUGGCUUCCAGCGCCUGUGGCCUCAGAGGCUCAGAAGGGCCUCCCACCAAAGAGUCCAUGAAGCCGAGUGCUGUCAAUGGGCAAGGGGUAGAGUCGGCUUCCUCCCCAGCAGGAAGGAUCCUGCACCCACCAGGAGAGCUUCCCCUGGCUUGCAUCAAGCAGGAACCCAAGGAAGAAACUGCUCAGUGUGCACUGAUGAGCAGUGGCCAGCCGGUCAAGCGGGAAGCCAAUGGGGAUCCUGUAUCAGCAGCAGCCACCAUUCCUGCUGCCACUGCUGCGGCCGCUGCCACCAACAGUCUCACCCGCACCGAAGCCAGCCAUCUCCUGCUACAGAAGUUGCUCAGGGCCAAGAACGUGACCUUGGCAAUGCAGCGCUCGGGGGACGUCAACGGGCACAUGGAUGGCAAACUUGCUGGGGUUGAGGGCCGGCUGCAGGGAGCACCAGAUGUGCGAGAGCAGGAGACGCUGGUGUCCAAGAAACCCCCUCCGCCCAAACCUAAGCGGACUCAGAAAGCUGGGGAGCGACUCGCCAACUCCCGGAAGAAGCUGCGCAAGGAGGAAGGAGUGAAGUCCAACGAGGCCCUCAUGAAACAACUGAAGCAGGAGCUCUCUUUGCUACCUCUGAUGGAGCCCGUCAUCACCGCCAAUUUCAACCUUUUCCCCCCCUUUGGGAGCAGCCCUGUCAAUGGCAAGAGCCAGCUGAAGGGCUCCUUUGGCAAUGCUGCCUUGGACAGUAUUCCAGAUUACUACUCCCAGCUGCUUACCAAGAGCAACUUGAGCAACCCACCAACACCACCUUCUUCACUGCCCCCCACACCACCUCCCUCUGUGCAGCAAAAGCUGGUGAAUGGAGUCCUGUCUUCUGAGGAACUCACUGAGCAGCCCAAGGAGCCUGUCCUGUCCCGUGAGCCUGAAGGGCAAAAAGAUGCUCCCCCUGUGGAAGUGAAAAGUUUAGACCUCCUGGCAGCUUUGCCGACACCGCCACACAACCAGACUGAGGAUGUCAGAAUGGAGAGCGACGAGGAGAGUGACUCCCCCGACAGCAUCGUCCCAGCGUCAUCCCCUGAGAGCAUCCUGGGCGAAGAGGUGCCGCGUUUUCCCCUGCUGGCUGGAGCCAAGUCCGAGGUGGAGGAGUGCCCACUGUCUCCCGUCAUACCCAUCAUUCCCAAGGCCAGCAUCCCAGCCUUUCCAGAUGCCAAGCCCUAUGAGACCUCAGAGCAGGCAGGAAAAGGGGCGGCAAGUACUUCCUGGGACAAAGCCAAGGGAAGUGAGGUCUCCGUCAUGCUCACAGUGUCUGCCGCCGCUGCCAAGAACCUGAAUGGUGUCAUGGUGGCUGUUGCUGAAUUGUUGAGCAUGAAGAUCCCCAGUUCUUAUGAAGUGCUGUUUCCAGACAGCCCAAUGCGGGGUGCCACCAGUGAGCCCAGAAAAGGUGAUGCGGACACACAGGGCAAAGAGAAGUCAGUGAAUCCAAAGGGCCCAGAAGGUGGUCCAGAGUGGCUAAAGCAAUUUGAUGCCAUGUUGCCUGGCUACAGUCUCAAGAAUGAGCUGGACAUCUUGACCUUGCUCAAACAGGAGAGUCCAGCUCCAGAAAAGACUGCUCAACACUGCUAUGUGAACAAUGUUGCUAAUCUGGAUGUCCGGCAGCUCUUGACGCUCCCUGAAGAGCCCUCCCCACCCCUUUCCCCCUUUGCACCCUCCCCACCCAGUCCCCCCAGGGUUCCUGAGCCAGUACCUGAACCAGAAGCCCCUCCACCUCCGCCUGCUCCAUCUCCCGCGCCCCCUUCCCCCAAGGAGGAGGAGGCGGCUCCCCAGUCUCCCCCCAAAGCCAAGCCACGCUCCCGCCCCCUGGAGGACAUGGAGGAAAACAAACCGCGGCUGAAGAAGUGGAAGGGGGUGCGCUGGAAACGGCUGCGCUUCCUCAUCACCAUCCAGAAAGGUGGCGCCAAGCGCGAUGGGGAACGAGAGAUUGCGGAGUUCAUCGACCACCUGGCCACCACCCUCCGCCCCGAGAAAGUGCCACGCGACUUGCGGAAAUGCUGCUUCUGCCAUGAGGAGGGGGACGGGGCCACGGACGGCCCAGCCCGCCUCCUGAAUCUGGACCUGGAUCUGUGGGUCCACCUCAACUGUGCCCUCUGGUCCACCGAGGUGUAUGAGACCCAGGGCGGGGCCCUCAUCAACGUGGAGGUGGCCCUGCAUCGGGGCCUCCUCACCAAAUGCUCGCUGUGCCAGAAGACGGGGGCCACCAACAGCUGCAACCGUAUCCGUUGCCCCAACGUCUACCACUUUGCCUGCGCCAUCCGGGCGAAGUGCAUGUUCUUCAAGGACAAGACCAUGCUGUGCCCGCUGCACAAGCUCAAGGGCCCCUGCGACCAGGAGCUCAGCUCCUUCACGGUCUUCCGGCGGGUCUACAUCGAGCGGGACGAGGUCAAGCAGAUCGCCAGCAUCAUCCAGCGCGGGGAGCGCCUCCACAUGUUCCGGGUAGGGGGCCUUGUCUUCCACGCCAUUGGGCAGCUCCUGCCCCACCAGAUGGCAGACUUCCACAGUGCCACGGCCCUCUACCCUGUGGGCUACGAGGCCACCCGCAUCUAUUGGAGCCUGCGGACCAACAACCGGCGCUGCUGCUACCGCUGCACCAUCUGCGAGAACAAUGGCCGGCCGGAGUUUGUGGUGCAGGUCAUGGAGCAGGGCUUGGAGGACUUGGUCUUCACAGACUCCUCACCACAGGCUGUGUGGAACCGUAUCAUUGAACCAGUGGCCAUGAUGCGCAAGGAAGCGGACAUGCUGCGACUUUUCCCCGAGUACCUGAAGGGAGAAGAACUCUUUGGCUUGACGGUCCAUGCUGUGCUGCGCAUCGCAGAGUCUCUGCCUGGUGUGGAGAGCUGCCAGAACUACCUAUUCCGCUAUGGGCGCCAUCCACUCAUGGAGCUGCCACUCAUGAUCAAUCCCACAGGCUGUGCUCGAUCGGAGCCCAAAAUCCUCACACACUACAAACGGCCCCACACACUGAAUAGCACCAGCAUGUCCAAAGCCUACCAGAGCACAUUCACAGGGGAAACCAACACGCCCUACAGCAAGCAGUUUGUGCACUCCAAGUCCUCCCAGUACCGCCGCCUCAAGACGGAGUGGAAGAACAACGUGUAUCUAGCACGCUCCCGCAUCCAAGGGCUCGGGCUUUACGCAGCCAAGGAUAUUGAGAAGCACACAAUGGUCAUUGAAUACAUUGGCACCAUUAUCCGCAACGAGGUGGCGAACCGGCGCGAGAAGAUCUACGAGGAGCAGGUGAGCAGAGAAGGGGAGUCCUCUGUCCUGGUGCUUGUUUGGGCUGGGGAGAGAUUGGGGUAG